AUGGACACGUUAAGGAAGAAACUGACUCCAAUGAUUCAGAGUUUUGGAUGCUUAAGUCAAGUUUUGGUUCAGAGUCAGAGUAGGAGAGUGAUGAAGAAAACUGCAAAGGUUCUCAUUGUGAUGCCAAAGAAUAUGAGGAGCUCUCAGAAAGUUGUUUUGUCUUUUCUACAGAACAAAGAGGAUGUCAAUAGAGAUUGGACCAAGUAUGAUCAUUACGGCAGCACCACUAUGAUCAUGAGGCUCAAGGCUACUAUUCAGUCUUUGGAAGGGCAGAUGAGUUCUGUUACUGAGAAGAGUGCUAAGUAUGCUCAGAUUGCUGCUGAGGAAGUGCCCAAGAGUCUUUACUGCCUUGGGGAGCUCGCGGAGAGAAUCUAUGUUGUGGCUUUUAAGCUCACCGAUAACAGUCUUUACCAUGUCUGUGUGUUUUCUGAUAACAUUGUUGCUACUUCGGUUGUGGUUAACUCCACUGCUCUCAACUCCAAGGCCCCUGAGAAAUUCGUCUUUCAUCUUGUCACUAAUGCGAUAAAGUCAUGGUUUGCUAUGAACGUGGACAACCUCGGAGUCACUGUUGAGGUUCAGAAGUUUGAGGAUUUCAAAUGGCUUAAUGCUUCUUAUGUCCCCGUCCUCAAGCAGCUCCAAGACUCUGAUACGUAA